AUGGGCACACCUACAAACACGGGGUGCAGUGCAGUUGUCUCAGGUACGAUCUGGCAUGAGGUGCUGAGGUUGAGCAAAGUCACAGAGCCCGUGGUGGUACAGGCAGCUGUGGUCUACAGAGUUACUCACCUGGCACUUCUGCGUGUCAGCUCACGGGAUAAACUGAAGAGGCUUUGCCAAACCUUUGAAAUGCUCAUCAGACUGGCUGAGAAUUACACAAGCACACUUUUCUGCAAUGCAUAUAGAAACAUGGCUGCUGAGGCUACUACACGUGUCCAGGAGUUUUUCACAGAUGUUGGACUCUUCAUAUUUGGCACAGACGUCAGCACAGAGGAAUCUGUGAACAGAUUUUUUGACACCCUGUUCCCAGUAGUCUACACCCAUGUGAUUAACCCUGGUCUGACUGACAUUUCACUGGAAUAUGCGGAAUGCCUCCGCAUGGUGAGAAGAGACAUCAGGCCCUUUGGUAACAUUCCCAAAAAGGCCAUAGGACAAAUGGGAAGAUCACUGUUACCCAGCCGGGCUUUCUUGCAGGCUCUGAAUUUGGGGAUUGAAGUGAUCAAUACAACAGAUCAUCUGCAUUUCUCGAAAGACUGUAGCAGAGCUUUACUGAGAAUGCAGUACUGCCCCCACUGCCAAGGGCUGACUUUAAGUAAGCCCUGUAUGGGCUACUGCCUCAACGUCAUCCGUGGCUGCUUAGCUAACAUGGCAGAAGUUGAUCUUCAUUGGCGAGGGUAUAUUCAGUCCCUGGAGGAGCUCUCGAGUGCUAUGAGUGGGACACACGACAUUGAGCACGUGCUUCUGAACUUUCAUUCACUUGUUAAUGAUGCUCUCGUACAGGCUCGUAUCAAUGGACCAGAAUUAUCUGAGCAGGGAGUGUUUAAGAGGUGGAAGCAAGGGCAUAUCACCCAAGAAGAGUAUAGAGUUGGUGUCCAAUAUUGCAAGGAUAGGGUUAGAAAAGCCAAGGCUGACCUGGAGUUGAAUCUGACAAGUGAUCGGAAAGGCAGCAAAAGAGAACUCUACAAGUACAUAAACAGCAAAAGUAAGACAAGGGAAGAUGUGUGCCUGCUGCUGAAUGGGGCAGGGGAACUGGUGACAGAGGACACAGAAAAGGACGAGGUAUUCAAUGUCUUCUUUGCCUCAGUCUUUACUAGUAAGACUGGCCUUCAGAAAUUCAAGGACCCAGAGACCAGGGGGAAGGUCUGGAUCAGUGACGACUUACCCUCAGUGGAGGAGAACAAG